AUGCAAACUCCAUGAAAGAGACUCCAAGUCUAUGUCACGUAUCUAAAUGGUGUUCCACGGCUAAAAAGGGGGUUCCUCACCUGGUGUUGCAACUCAGGCUGAUAGGUAAUAAGUUAGGAGGGGGUUUGGGGGCCCCAAUUUGGGGGCCCCAAUUUGGCUCCAACAAAACCUGUUGCCUGGCAGGCAGACAUCACUACAUUUGGAUAGCUUUUUCAGACGUGGCUAGUUCCUUUCUCUCCUUCCACUAUCAACCAGGUGCCACAACUGCUUGCUCUUAUGUACCAUCUGCUCAAACCUACCGACAAAUAAUAUCCCCAGAAACACGUCAUCCCUGCUUGGCUCCAAGAAUGGCAGCCACCAAUCCAUCCGUCCGGUAUUCAAAUGGGGAAGUCGCUACGUCUGACGCGGCCAAGGCAUUCUCUUGGGAAGCACCUGUGCCAGUGAACCAGUUCUGGGACAGCUUCGAAUACUGCACGGCGCGCAACUUCCUGGGCAACUUUUCGGACCGCGAGCUCGAACAGCUUCCUAUCGACCACGACAGCACCGACGACCAUCAUACAAAGCUCGAACUCCUCUUGCGACUGCUCCGGGAGAAGCUGGCCGAGGAAGAAGCGGCUGCCUCGCCCCCGCAAUCGCUGCACGAAACGGACUACAAGCGGUGGCACAGCCUCUGGCAAGGCGUGUACGUGAUGGAGGACAAGCUGGAUCUCCCAGAGGCCGAGCAGACCGUCCGCAUGCUGGUGGCACGGAUGCCGGACCAGUCGGGCGUGGGGCCGCCACACAUGCUCGCGGACCACCUCGUCAGGAUCGGGAAAUACAAGGAGGCCGAGGACACGGAACGGCCCGUGUGCGCGUGGAUGGACGCGCUGCCGCAGCUGGGCAAGGACUCCCCGCAGGCCAUCAACGCGCGCAGGAUCAUCGCGAGGGCCUUGUGGGGUCAGGGACCGCCGAGGCGGGCCGAGGCGGAGGCUUUGCUGGCUGAGAUCAACGAGAUUGUCGAUGGCAUGGGUGGCGGCAGGUUCUGUGUAUACCAGGAGGUGGAGGGGAGGUUGAACCGGGAGAUGAUGGCUGAACUGGAGAAAGGAAGGUGAUUUUCUCUUCGUGUAUGUUUCCUGAUGCGAGCCGACUCAUAGCCUAUAGAUACAUACCUACCCUAUCCCCCGAGGCUGGCCGACUACGGGCGAGGGGGAGCCGGCGGUGAAAAAUGCCACCGUGGGCCGACGAGGAUGGUGGUAGCGAGGACGAGAGGGUUAAGUGACGCGGCAAUAUUGACUUCCCA